AUGGCCCCGGUCUACGCAGAUCAUCCCUUCGCGCUCAUUCCGACUCCCGGCUUCCUCGCCAGGAGCAGGAACGAAGAACCAGACAUGUUCGACAGGGUCGCCUCGGAAAUGGCCCUUGUGCACAACGUCAUCAUCCGCGGGCUGAACUCCAUCUACCUCCAGGCGCCGUACAUCCGGCCGGAGGACGAAAAGGCCUUCCUGGACGUCCACCACGGCAACAAGGAGGAGUUCUUCUUCCCUUUCGCGGAGGAGAUGACCGGGGUCAAGGGCAUCAUGGACGCCAACAUCGAGCAGCACAAGGCGUUCCACGACGGCGUUGAGGAGCUCGAGGCCUACGUCGGAGCGGUGCUCGCUGACGAGGACAAGUACGACGGAAGCAAGGUGGUGGGCACAAUCGACAGGUUCGGAACGGUCCUGAUGCAGCAUCUCACCGACGAGGUCGCCUCCAUUCUCAGCCUCCGUCCGUACGGCGACAAGCUGGCCGGAUUGCCCAAGCUCCUUGACGAGGAGGGAGGCAAAUCCAUGAAGAAGAUGGGCAACUUUGUCGGGGUCUUGGCGUUCGCCAAUAUGGACCUGCAAUAUGAGAACGCCAUGUGGCAGGACUGGCCGUCGGCUCCGGCACCGGCAAAGCUGAUCAUGCGCUACGUCUUCUGGUGGAUCUACGCCGAUGCCAGGAAGUUUGGCGCCGUCGACAGAGCCGGCAACUUGAGGCACCUGUACGCCGUUCCCGAGUCGGCAUGA